GGGAUGUUGAAGUCAUCGACCACCUUCAGCGCAUCAUCCUUCACCGAUCUGCACAGCUCCAAAAGCUUCAAAACAAGCAGAACACAAUCACACGAGGGUUAAUGCCGCGAUAUAUAGCGAUUUAUACUUAAGGUGGCUUCCCCACACAGCAGACGAGAUGGGAGCAUGUGUGUGUGCGCAUAUGUGUGGUUUUAAAGCCUGGGGAUGCCAUGUUCAGAGAGCCCCAGCAUCGCCCACGCAGACGCACACAUGCACCAAGCCACAUGUGAGGAAGACGUGCAGCAGCAGCCGAGAGUAUCCCUCUGAACUGGAUGUGCUCUGCGUGUGUUUCAUGUGUCCGGAGAUCUGCCGCUGUUCUCAGAAGAGCAUCACCUGUAACAGCGCGACGGAGAGCCUGAAGAGCAGGACUCACAGCAGACUAGUUUUAAACUACAUCUCACUGAAAAUCAUCAGCACUCACAGUUUUGAUGGCCUAAAGGGAGUGAAAAGAAUAGAAAUCGCCCAGAGCACAUCAGUGGAAACCAUAGAGAAGGAAGCAUUUAACAAUCUUCUGAAUGUCUCAGAGAUCUCAAUCCAGAACACACGGAGCCUCGUUCACAUUCACAAAUGGGCGUUCAACCAUCUUCCCAAUCUCAAAUAUCUGAGUAUUUCCAACACUGGCAUAGGUGUAUUCCCUGACCUGACCUCCAUCUUCUCCCUGGAGUCUGAUUUCAUUCUGGAAAUUUGUGAUAAUCUCAACCUGCGUUCAAUCCCAACAAAUGCUUUCAUCGGAAUGACGAGUGAAAUCACCACAAUGAAUCUCUUUAACAAUGGAUUUCAAGAAAUAGAAAGCCAUGCCUUCAAUGGAACUAAAAUACGAGAACUGCUUUUAAAGAACAACAGAAAUCUGCGUCUGAUUCAUGAAGAUGCUUUCAGAGGAGCGUUUGGUCCCACUAGGCUGGAUGUUUCAUCCACGGCCCUGGAGACACUGCCCUCUCGUGGCCUGGACUCUGUGCUGACGCUGGUGGCUCGUUCAGCGUUCGCUCUGAAGAGACUUCCUCCUCUGAACGGACUGAAGAGCCUGAGAGAAGCGCAGCUCACGUAUCCCAGCCACUGCUGUGCUCUACUCAGCUGGGACUCCAACAGGGAGGAAUCUGUUAUCACUGCAUUAAGAAAUGGAUCAUCAAUCUGUGCAGACGAUUCACCAGCUAAUCCAUCUGAUGUCGCCUCUGAUGAUUCUCUUGCAUCUGACAUUGAUGGAUACACCUCAGCUGAGGACAGGUUUGGCAGGAUGGACUUCCAUUACCCAGACUUGGACGAGUGUCACCGACCGGCCCUCCAGUGCAGCCCAGAGGCCGAUGCCUUCAACCCCUGCGAGGACAUCGCCGGGUUCAGCUUCUUGCGGGUGGCUAUUUGGUUCAUCAACGUUCUGGCCAUCGUCGGCAACCUGACCGUGCUACUUGUGUUAUUUACCAGCCGCUGCAAACUGACCGUCCCCAAAUUCCUGAUGUGCCACCUGGCCUUCGCCGACCUCUGCAUCGGUGUGUAUCUGCUUAUGAUCGCCACCGUGGAUCUCAUGACACGAGGGCAUUACAGUCAGCACGCUAUCGAGUGGCAAACUGGAGCGGGAUGCGGGAUCGCCGGGUUUCUGUCGGUGUUCGGCGGCGAACUAUCUGUCUAUACUCUGUCUACCAUAACUGUUGAGCGCUGGCACACGAUCACACACGCUCUGCGUCUGGAGCGCCGUCUGGGAUUGAGGCACGCUUCUUCGAUAAUGGUCGUCGGAUGGGUGGUUUGUCUAGGAAUGGCUCUCCUCCCCUUAAUGGGCGUCAGCAGCUACAACAAAGUCAGCAUGUGUUUGCCGAUGGACAUCGAGACGCCUUUAUCCCAAGCCUACAUUAUACUCCUCCUGCUGUUCAACGUCGGCGCUUUUCUUGUGGUUUGCGGCUGCUAUGUGCGCAUCUACACCGCCGUUCGCAACCCAGAGUUUCCUGGACGCACUGCCGACGCCAAGAUCGCCAAACGCAUGGCUGUGCUGAUCUUCACCGACUUUCUGUGCAUGGCUCCCAUUUCGUUUUUCGCCAUCUCUGCGGCCUUCAAAGUCCCGCUUAUCACGGUGACCAAUUCUAAGAUCCUCCUUGUGCUUUUCUACCCCAUCAACUCGUGCACAAACCCCUUCCUCUAUGCCAUCUUCACCAGGGCCUUCAGAAAGGACGCAUACAUCCUUCUGAGCUCCAUGGGCUGCUGCGAGAGCAAAGCCAACUUGUACCGAAUGAAGACGUACUGCUCGGAGAACGUCACCCGAAGCAAGAGCAGCUCCGGCUCCAAUGGGAACUCCAAAGCUCCUCGCGCAGUUGUGUGGAUGUCCAGCUUUCCUCACGUAACACCUCGAUCGCAAAUGCAAAGGGUGUAGACAAAAGGACAUUCAGACUCAUUUAAUUCCAUUAUUUUCUUGAUGUUCUGCACUUGAACAUUGCUCAGUCUUAUCUGGGAAGAUGAUUUGGUUUGCAGAGGAUAAUGCUACUCAUUUUCACUCUUAUUUGUAAAUGUAUCGACUUAUAAUUCAGAAGACGUAUGUCUCUUUUGACAGAGAAUCUAGAGGCUUUUGAUGCAUCAAAAAGCCACACUAUGUGACAAUCUCUACAAUAUCUUAUUUUACAGUGAGGUGGGAACCAUUAGACAUUUUCAGAAACUCUUCACAUGCUACAAGAGCAUUUUAUCCAGUGGUUGCCUGAAUUUUGUAUGAAUGUUCUUUUACAUAAUUGCUGUAAAAAGUUUAAUUUGUCAGUUUAAGGUCUUUUAAUGUGGAAAAGAGUUUCCUUAUUUCAGGUAUAGGCCUAUAUUGUUAUUUAACUCAGCUAGUUGCCAUCACUGAUAUUUGAAGAACACUCCAGUCUGAUUGUCUGAGCGGGUUUAUAUGGGCCACUGGGGAAGAGCGCCACUUUGUGGACACAUUUGAAAACUAGCUAGGCCUAUUGUUUUGAACAUUACAAGAACGUUUUUUAAUUACUGUAGUAUUAGAGGUCUAAUAAAAUUUAUGCAAAAUCUU